GGGCCGGGCGGGGUGUCCCAGCGCCGUGCCCGGGACGGGCAUUACCCAAAGAGAAGGAGGGAGGGAUAAAAAAAAAAAAAGGUAAUUAAAGUCGCCGCUGCCGCGCGCGGUCCCACCCUCCCCACCGGCCGGCUCCUCUGGCAGACGGGAGGGGACCGAGGGAGACGGCUUUCCGCGCAGACACACCGCCGCCGCCGCGCACUCCUCGCCCCGCCGCGCAGCGCAGCGCAGCAUGGCCCCCGCCGUCCCCCGCCUCGUCCUCGGCCUCCUGGUAUUGAGUUUGUGCUGUGAUGCUUGCAAGAAAGUCAUUUUUCUUGUUCCUUCUGCAUUAGAGGCUGGCACGUUAGUUGGCAGAGUUAAUUUGAAUGAGUGUCUUCAGUCUGCAGAACUUAUCAGUUCCAGUGAUGGGAACUUCAAAGUUCUGGAAGAUGGCUCUGUAUAUACCACAUCUGCUGUUUCUUUGUCUGAUGAGAAAAGGACUUUUACCAUAGUACUUAAAGAUAUUCAAGAACAUGUAGAAAAGAAAAUACAAGUCAAUUUGGUGACAGAUGAAAAAAAGACCCAGGCACAGAAGACCAGGCAGGCUAGAGAUACAGUUCUCAAGCGAACCAAAAGGAGGUGGGGCCCUAUUCCAUCUGUUAUGAUGGAGAACUCCCUUGGACCUUUCCCACUACAAAUUCAGCAGGUCCAGUCAGACACGGCUCAGAACUACACCAUUUAUUAUUCUGCAAGUGGACCAGGAAUUGAUCAAGAUCCAAAGGGUUUGUUUUACAUAGAAAGAGAAACUGGAAAUAUCUUUGCUACUCGUGCAGUAGACCGUGAACAGUAUCCAAGCUUCCAGAUCAUUUGCUUUGCAAGUACUCCAGAUGGUUAUUCACCAGAGGUACCACUUGUGCAUACAAUCAGGAUAGAGGAUGACAAUGAUAAUGCUCCAUAUUUUACACAGGAAGUCUUUGAGUUUUGUGUUCCUGAGAACUCCAAGCCUGGUGUAAUCGUUGGAACGGUGACUGCAGAAGACAGAGAUGAGCCUUUAACUCUGCAUACUCUGUUGAGAUACCGCAUUGUGUCACAAAACCCACCAAUAAUCCCAGCAUUUUCUUUACAUGGUGAAACGGGUGUCAUUAGUGUAUUAUCGCCACAGCUGGAUAGAGAGCUGGUGUCCACAUACACUUUAUUAAUUGAAGUGAGAGAUAUGGGAGGUCAACCUUUUGGUUUGUGCACUACAGGAACAGCUAUCAUUAAAAUUGAAGAUACGAAUGACAAUGCGCCAACUUUUAAACAGAUACAAUACGAAACACAAGUGGAGGAAAACAGAGUGAAUGUAGAAAUACUGAGAGUUUCUGUUGUUGAUCUUGAUGAACUUGGUGCGCCUGGCUCCACAGCUGUUUAUGAAAUUAUAAGAGGAAAUGACGAUCGCUCCUUUGAAAUUACAACAGACAGAAACACAAAUGAAGGAAUACUGUGUGUUGUUAAGGGACUGGACUAUGAAGGCGCCAAGCAAAGGAUCCUUGUGAUUGCAGUCAACAACGAGGCACCCUACAUGCUGGCACCACAUUCACAACAAGUUGUCCAGAGCACCAGCACUGUUGUAGUGAAUGUCUUAGACGUGGAUGAGGGGCCGGUGUUUAAACCCUGUUUCUUCCGCAUGGACGCUAGUGAAUGUGAUGAGGUUGGGACAAGUAUUGGGAAAUACCUAGCAGAAGAUCCAGAAACUGGAAAUAGUGAAGGCAUCUGCUACAAGAUAGCACCUGGACAGUGUAAUUGGAUCAACAUAGAUGAAAAAUCAGGUGAAGUCAGAACCAUUAGAGCCUUGGACCGAGAUCUAGGAGAAAUGAAACGAGGUCAAUGCAAUAUCACAGUCCUCGCAAUAGACAGAAAUGGCAAAACAGGCACUGGAACUCUGCAAGUUGUCAUCCAGCCUUGCAACAGGAAUUUCCCACGAAUACUUAAAACUGAUUAUAUAAUGUGCAGAGACAGAAAACCUAUCUGCCUCACUGCAGAGGAUGGUGAUAUUGCUUCUUACAGCAUGCCUUUUGUGUAUCGCGUGACUGACCGUAACUUGGCUUCCUCAUGGAAGAUAACACGACACAAUGAGAGGUCUGUGUAUCUUUCACCAAGGGGUGAUAUUCCAUUUGGAAUAUACACUAUUCCUGUAACCGUGUCUGAUAAAUCAGGAAAGCAAGGAGUCACCCAAAUAACAGUUAACUACUGUAACUGUGUUAUUCCAAGCGAAUGUGAAAGGACGUCUUUUGCCCCCAGCAGUGUUACUCUUGGUGUAUGGGCCAUCCUUGCUAUGAUCUUAGGAUCACUACUCUUGCUGUUAAUCCUGAUUACAAUCUGUGGUUGUUGUGGCUCUGGGGUAAUGCGCAGGCAUGUGACUGACGAUUGUGCCAAUCACAACUUAAUCAUUUCAAAUACGGAAGCUCCAGGGGAAGAGGUGAUGGAUCACAAUAUAAUUCCUCUACAAAAUACAGCUGAUCAAGUAGGAUGUGGAAUAAAAACAGGAGAUCAACAAACAUUUGAAAUGGUAAAAGGAAGAGGUCAUACCCUGGAAUCAGUCAGGGGAGGUGGACAUCAGACUCUGGGAUCAGUCAAAGAAGGAGGAGGAGGACAGCCUGUGAUGGACACAUGUAGAUACUCUUACUCAGAGUGGCAUAAUUUCACACAUCCUCGUUUAGGUGAAGAAUCCAUUAGAGGACACACUCUGAUUAAAAAUUAAUCAAUGAAAGAAGGUGCACCUAUGCAGACAGGAUGAAGAACAGAAGCAUUCUGAAGAUUAUCUCCUUACAUAUAACUAUGAAGGAAAAGGAUCCUUGGCUGGUUCUGUAGGCUGCUGCAGUGAUCAGCAUGAAGAAGAGGCACUUGACUUCUUAGAUCAGCUGGAACCUAAGUUUAGGACAUUAGCAGAAACAUGUGUUAAAAGAUAAAUGUGCCUUUCACAGUGCUGAAAAA